GAACCGACACGCGGAAAAAUGAUGUCUGCGUCUUCGAACCAACUCUUUUCUUCUUCUUCUUCUUUCGAUUUGACCCGGUUUUACUUCUGUUGAAAUCGAAUCAACUGGAUCGCAUCUUCCAGGGGGGGAACUCGAAGGUUUGGUUUAUUAGGAGGAGGAAAAAGGAUAAACCUUAUUUCAAAAAAAGGUAGAGAUUUUGAUUGAUUCAAAUAGGAAAACCAUGGACGUUCCUAGCUCUUGGGAUGCGUUACGUAAACAGGCUAGAAAGAUUGAAGCUCAGCUUGAUGAGCAGAUGCAUUCAUAUCGCAGACUUGUUUCCACUAAGUCAGAUGGUGCAGAGACGAGUGAUCUUGAAGCUGGGAUUGACUUACUGCUAAAGCAACUUCAACAAGUUAAUGCUCAGAUGAAAGCAUGGGUUUCUUCCGGUGGUUCAGACAUGGUCUCUCAUACUUUGACUCGGCAUCAGGAGAUCCUUCAAGAUCUCACUCAAGAGUUUAAUCGACACCAAUCCAGUUUUAGAGAAAAACAAAAGCGUGCUUCACUUCUAGAAGAAUUUAAAGAAUUUGAUCGGACUAGAUUAGACUUAGAAGCUGGGGAUGGGUCGUCAGAACAAGCACUGCUUAAAGAACAUGUAGGAAUCAACCGCAAUACCGCGCAGAUGGAUGGUGUCAUUUCACAAGCUCAGGCCACACUUGGCACACUUGUCUUUCAACGUUCAACUUUUGGAGGCAUCAACUCAAAGCUUAGCAAUGUCACCAGCCGUCUACCCACGGUGAACACUAUUCUGUCAGCUAUAAAGAGGAAAAAGUCCAUGGAUACAAUCAUUCUUUUACUCGCUGCGGCUGUUUGCACAUUUCUCAUAUUCAUCUACUGGUUAACCAAGUAA